UCUCCAGCCACUUCAGCACUUCCAACUCACUUCCACUUACUUUCUUCUGCGUCUGUGACUGCAAUCCGACCCGGUGUCGUUCAUUCAAGUACAUAAUCAUUCACCAACUCUCAACAACAAACCCAAACCACCCCAAAUAAAUCAACAUGCGUUUCACUAUCGCCACCCUCAUUGCUCUUGCCGCCACCUCCAUGGCCCAGGUCACUCCCAACAAUGCUGGUGCUGCAAAUGUUGGCGCCGGAGACGGCUCUCAGUUCAUCACUGGCGGUUGUGUGGCUGACGCUGAUUGCUCCUCAGCAUGCUGUGCUCAGGUCGAAUCGUCUGGAGCUGGCGUUUGCUCUGCUGAGGCAGCAAGUCUUCAGAACGGCAAGACAGGUUGCGGGUUCACCGACCCGAACGCGGACCAGGUUAUCGCUGCCGCUCAGGCCCAGGUCGAGCAGCAGGGCUUCAAGCGUGUGGUCAGGAAGAGCGAGUAGAUGUAUUGGUCCUGGGAUUUACGAGAACAUGAUCAACGUCAUAUAAAGAUGUUGAGCUCCAAAUGACCAAACAAAAAAUCUCACACCAUCAAAAAGC